ACAUAGAUAUAGGUGGACACAUAUUAUUAUAAUAAGGUAUAUAGAAACAGAAACGUAUAACCUGAUUUGUGUUAUUAGGAUUUUUGUUAACACUUAAAUAAAUCCACCUAAAUAUUUUAUGAGAAUGUGUCUACAAAAUAUAUACUUACAUAAAACAUAGUUUGACAGCCAGAAUUAUAAUACCUAUUUUAAAUAAUAAACUACCUGAAUAGAUCAAUUCUUUAUGCGACCCUCUUAUUAUCUUAAUGCCUUAAAUAGUAUUAGUGGUUUAACAAGGUUCUUUAAAAUAAAUCAUUUUUCUCCGAAUGUUCUUAUCAAGCAGUUGUCAAAAUAAAUAAAAUGACAUCAAUUGAAAAAAAAAAUUACCAACGAAAAUUUUAUCAAAUCCUUAUGACCGUGGCUUUUUUUUUGGACACAAGUCAAUAUCGUUGUAUUUCAAGAUUUGUAAUGCAAUUUUAUAUUUUUGAUUGGCUGAUAUUAGUAUUUGUGGCUGCAGCGUUUACUAUUUUGGAAGGAAACUCUAGAAUGCCUUUUGUUAUGGAAUUAAUUCAGAACAUGAUAGUUAGUAUAUAUUUCACUUUGAUUUGUGUGGUAUUUACAAUAAAAAAAGAAGCCAUUAUGUCCAAUUACAAUUGUAUACAAACCAAAUUUAUCCAAUGGUCCAACAAAAGAGCAUUGUAUCCAAAUGCGGCUUAUAAAAGAAACAUAAAAACAGUUAAAAUUAUAUCAAUACCUUUAGCAAUUUUAUCAUUGUCUAUUGCAUUUGGGCCUUUAAUAUCGACCAUAAACGAUAUGGGCAAACUGCCAUUGGACAACCGAGCACAUUUCAUCUUGUAUUGGCCUACGAUUGUUGAUACUAAUAAAUUAAGUACGUAUGGAAUCAUUUAUACACUGCAAGUCAUAUUUACUAUUAUUCUAUACAUUUCGGUAUUAUCGUUCAAUUUGGGUUUUAUGGUAUUUUUUAAUGAAUUAAUUAUCCAGUUUGAAAUGUUAUUAGAUGAAAUUAACGAUGCAUUUAAAUAUAAAAUGGAUAAACAGUUCGAAACACUUUUUAUUGAUUGUAUUCGUCACCAUCAAAUAAUUAUUAAAUUUUUAGAUGAUUUAAAGUCAUACUUCAAGUGGAUGAUCCUAAUUGAAAUAAUCGUAGUGCAAUUAAUACUAGCCAUCUUUAUUUACAAUUUAACAAAAGUAAAUGCGUCCCUUGGUUAUAAGGUGAAAAUCGCUGGUAUGUUAUUAUUUAAUUUACUCCCAAUUUGUUUUCACUGUCACGUCGGAGAAGUCGUCCUAAGCUUGCACACACGUUUGUCUAAUCACAUUUAUAACAUGACGUGGUACGACAUGCCCAACAAAAACAAGCAACUCGUCGUGAUUAUGUUUCAACGCACUCAACGAGAUCUGACAUUAAGUUCAGCUUUGUUUUCGAGCGAAAGAGCAUCCAGAUCGUUGAUUUCUAAAGUUACUAAGCAAGUGUACACAAUUCUAAACGUAUUGUUGACAACAUAAAUGAUGGUCAACAUGUUGACAUUUUAUAUAGAUAAAUGUUGGAUAAUAUGGUACCAUAACCAUGAUAUAUAUAGUCGUGUACACUGUGUAUAGUUUAGACACUAGACACAUAUAAAUGCGUUUAACUUGCAUUCACUCAUUUUAGUACUAAUAGGUAAUGACAGCACAGUUUAAUUGGUUGUUAUAAAAUAGAUGAAAAAAUAUGGUAUUAUUAUAAAUAGUUUGGUAAAUCAUAAUAUUUGUUUUUAUUUUAAUUAUUUGUGUUAUGGAUGUCUAAAAUAUAAUAACUAGUAUGACUGUAAGUCUGUAAAAGUAUCCUUAAUACUUUAGGCAUUAGCCACUAUAUAAUUACCUUACUUUUGCUUGCACUAUAAUAUAAGUAAAUUACUAGUACUAUAGUUAUUACAUCAGUACAUUGUAUUCCAAUCAACUAUCUAACUGUUAUAACAUUUUGUUAAGGCUAAAAAAAUGUUCAAAAAUCUCAUAGUUGGUUAAUUAUGCGUGUUUUAGUUCAAAGGCAAUAAAUCUGAUUGAAAUGUAUAGA